UCCGCCUUCUCUUGGUCUGGAAACCUUCUUUGGACACGCUACUGAAGGAUGUUGGUACUAGUCCAUGAAGCCUGCCCAGUAGCAUUCAUACCUAACUCUGUUAGAAUAUAUAUACAUAUAGUGAGAAGCCAUUUCUGAGAGGACUCACAAUGCAAGAUGCAUUAAGUUGGAUCCUUCUUGCCCAUCCAUAGGUGAGCACUGAAGAUCUCACAGGAAUAUAUGUGACGAGGGAAAUGACAUGCAAACGUGCUUGUUGUUGUGUGGUGUAGGGCCUUGCUAGUGGCUGUGCUGGAUCAUGAGAAGACAAAUAAAUAUGGUUCCACAAAUACAACUUGUGCACACAGAUGCCUAGGUUUGCCACUGUGAGCUCUGUGUGGAAUAUGGGCACCACGGCCAGUGCAGGAUCCCAGCCUGUGCUGGUUACACCUACACACCAAGUUGGUCACCAAGGUAACAGUGUGGCUGAAGACAGGAGCUCGAUGAGCAGUGGCUCCCUACAGAUGCUGGCCAUCCCCAGCAGCAAGGCCAAGUCCAUCAUCACAAACAAGGUGGCACCCGUGGUCAUCACGUAUAACUGCAAGGAGGAGUUUCAAAUUCAUGACAGUGUCCUAUCAGCCAACUUGGUAGUUGGAAAAAUUUCUGACACAAUGCCUGAGCAUUACCUAGUGCUGGGGGAGUUUUUUAUGGUUCAGGAUGUGAACUGUAAAGCAGAUGUGUUAAACACUACAGGAAACUACGGCGCCCCUAACUUCCGCAAGGCUAAGGGAACUCACCCUCUUUUUGGAAUGGGCCAGCCUAGCUUAAAUGGUUUCAAACAGGUCUUGCAGAAGCUGGAGAGUGAGCCUUAUGAGGACGUGAUAUUUUUUUGUGUACGUGAAGAGCCAGUUGUCUUCCUCCAUCUGGGUAAAGACUUUAUUCCAUACACUCCAAGGAGGAAAGAUAAUCUCCAUGAGAACCUACACCACCUUAAAAAGACGGUCAGAGCAGACCAGCUAGAGCUCUCUAUCAGGAAAGAGUUGUGUGACUUUGCUAAACUCAGUGAGAACAUUGUCACUGUUUAUAAUGAUAUUGAGAACUUUAAAGAUGAGCCACAACAUGUCAGGAUUGUGUCUGAGGAGGACAUCCAUAUAACUGAAGAGGUCUACAAAAGACCACUCUUUAGUUUGCCUUCAUACAGAUAUUACAGACUCCCACUGCCUAUGGAGGGGGCGCCAAUGGAGGAGGAUUUUGAUGCCUUUGUAAAUAUACUCCGGGAAAGCCCUAGCUUGUCAGUGCUGCGAGAUGGCUCCCGGCAUCCUCCUGCACUGCUCUUCAGCUGCCAGGUGGGGGUGGGACGAACCAAUCUGGGCCUUAUCCUGGGUGCAUUAGUUUUACACCACUUGCAGGAGGUGGUAUAUAUCUCCAGGGAAGAGGACGUGCAGUUCAAGCACCAGCCUGACUUUCAAGUAAUUCAGGUUCUGAUCACUCGCCUUCCUAAAGGUCAACAAGUACUUGAUGAGGUUGACAGAGCUAUUGACAUGUGUUCAGAAAUGUACAACAUCAAAGAUUCAAUGUAUGAAAAUAAAUGCAAAAUGGAAGGUAUUGGUGAGGAUUAUCAGAUACAAGGAAGCAGCACAAAGGAUUAUUUCCGCCAACGAACCCUGCAGAGCCUUGAGCGUUAUUUCUUCCUUAUAGUGUUUAAUGCUUAUCUUCAUGAUCAGUAUCCCCAGAUGUUUGCCCAGAGUUUCAGUCAGUGGAUGUGCACUAAUGCAUGGAUCUACAGGCUCCUGGGCUGUAUGGACUGCUCGGAGCUCUUAGCUCCAGCCAGCCUCAUCUCUGAUGGAACGAGAAUACUGGUGGCCAGUGGGUUUUUAGCCCCAGAUAUGCUUGGUACAGCCAAGGAAAUGAGAGUGGCCAACUUCAGACGAGUUCUCAAGAUGCCUGUGUAUGGUAUGGCCCAGCCAAGCUCUGAGGCAGUGUCCAUGGUACUGUCGUACCUUACAGACGAGAGACGGAAGUAUUCCACGAUGCUGUGGGUGAAUCUGCAGGAGGAACUGCUCGUGGAAGGGAACGGGCAGGUGUUCUGCCCUCGAGAACCAGCCUGCCUGGAACAGCCAAUCCCAGUGUGUGUUCAGAAACUCCAGCAACUUGAGGCGCUGGAGUCUGCAGUGAAGGAAGACAUUCUGAAGUGUGAGAAGUGGCUCGAGGUUAUCAUGGAGCAGGAGAAGCAGAUGAGAAUGCUGAAAUGCUGCCAUACUGUCAGUGAGCUCUUUGCUGAGCAAAAGGUCCUCCAUCCAGGUGUCACUUACCAGCGCAUUCCUUUCUCUGACUGCUGUGCUCCCAGUGAAGAGGUCUUUGACCAGCUGUUGGAGGCUAUCAAGGGCAGUCUAGCUAAGGACCCCAGCUCUGCUUUCAUCUUCAACUGCAGUGACGGGAAAGACCGCACCACGUCUGCCAUGGUGAUUGCCACACUUACUCUGUGGCACUUCAAUGGCUUCCCUGAGUGUGGGGAUGAGGAAAUUGUGAGCAUCCCAGACGCAAAAUAUUCCAAGGGUGAAUUUGAGGCAGUAAUGCAGGUGGUCAGACUGCUACCUGAUGGUCAUCGUAUGAAGAAGGAGGUGGACAUGGCUCUAGACAUCGUUAGUGAAACAAUGACUCCCAUGCAUUACCACCUACGGGAGAUCAUUGUGUGCUCAUAUAAAGAGAUCAAAACAGCAAAAUGCAAGGAUGAGGGGUGGCAGUUGCGACUGAGGAGCCUGCAGUACCUGGAGCGCUACAUUUACUUCAUCCUGUUCAACAGCUACCUCAACCUGGAGAAGAAAGACUCCUGGAGGCGGCCAUUCAGCCUAUGGAUGCAUCAGGUUGCAGCCAGAGCUGGCAUCUAUGCCAUCCUCAACCAACUGGGCUUUGCAGAGUUUGAAGCACUUGAGGAUUCUCCACUGACUAGUCUGCGUUGCCGCUGGCGACAGCAUACUGUUCAUUCUCUGCCUAUCCGUGGAGAGUUUAUCUAAUGGAAUGCUAGCUUUUGCCAGAAAAUUAGCAUUCAGCUGACUGACUAUUUGGGACCCAUUUUUUAUAUCAUGCACAAAUCUCGUUUUUUUCCCCUGAAUAUUUGUAAAUGAAUUAAACUUUUGAGACUCUAAAUUCAGCUUUGUUUUUUUUUUUUUUUCAAAUUUUUCUUUUUAAAUGUUUUUUUUUCACUUUGUUAAGCCUCAUCUGAUUCUGGGCAUCUACCCAGUCUCCUUCCAACAUACCUAAUAUUCAAAUGCUAAUGAAAGUCUUAAUUAACUGGUGUUAGAUUAGAAUUGGAACUAAACACUGCAGGGUGGUAGAGCUCCAGGACCUAAGCUGGUCACCUUUGUAUUAACCCAGCUCAGGCUAAGGGCAAUAUCCAACUCUCUAUUCAUUAUUCUGUCAAUCUUACACUGUUAAUGUCUACAAUGGUUUGCUGUAUUAGCAAAUGUACACAUUGUCUGUUGACCUUUUUUUCAUAUUUGGUUUCAGAUACAAAUGCAGCAUUGACAGCAACAAAUCUGGCACAAAAUCACCACAUUACAGAGGUGUGCACCUAUCAAUCUGUUCCCAUUUUAAUUCUUUUUGUGUAGACAAAUGGAAAACAACUUAAUUUAUAGAUGUCUGAUAUAUAGACAAAUUUAAUAAUCAUUUGUCAUUGAUGCAUACUGUCAGAUCACGGCCCCGCCCCCUCCUCAAACGUCUCCGUGUGUGUGUUCGUCUCUGUUGACACGCCCUCUCGUGUCGUUCACC